AUGGCUGACAUCGGAGGUGUGACAAGGCUGGAGGCUGACACAUACACCUCUCCCUCAGAAUUGAACCUAUAUCAAUAUCAAUCUAUCCAAGAAGACGCCUGCAUCCGACUAUUGACACUACUACCGUCUAAGCUUGCGUCCUCAGAUAUCCGCAUUAAACUGUCAAUAACUCCCUUGUCGGACACACCACCGUACGAAGCUACCUCGUACACCUGGGCUACCAAAGAUGGCGACUCGUCAAUAUCCAGCUCCGUUGUUUGCGAAGGGGCCCACAUAAAAGUCACUCGAAACUGCGUCAACUUGCUCCAGACGCUCCGCAGAGAGGACACUGAAAGGGCACUAUGGGUCGACGCGAUCUGCAUCGACCAGACCAACAUGGAGGAACGAUGUUACCAGAUCAUGCUCAUGGGUGAAAUCUAUACCAAGGCGGCCAGGGUGGUCAUCUGGCUUGGCGAUGCAUCUGAGGCGGUCGACCCAGACACAGGUGUUCCCAUCUCUGAUCUCGGCAUCAACUAUCUCACGGCGACGGCGACCGAAUUGCGCAAGUCGGAGUCUAGAGCUGAAAGAUCUCCUUUUUCCUCGCCGUCUUCAUCUCUCUACGACGACCUCUCAAACCAGGGCGCCGAGUAUGUCAUCCAUAGGAAAUCCAGCCCCUUACUCCAGGGCUUUCUGGAUGUAGUUCUCCGACCAUGGUGGGAACGCGUCUGGGUCGUUCAGGAAGCCGCUCUGGCGGAGUCGGCCGUCGUGAUCUGCGGCGACAGAGUCGCCAACUACGCCGACUUCUACCUUUACUUCACCGUGCUGUCGCGCGACGAGGGCCACAAUGCUGGGUUGACGUGGAGUUUGAUGGAUGGAUGCAAAUCGCACAUGCUGGCCGUGUAUAACAUCAAGGACCGCGUGCGGGAUCUGGGUCCUGCGAGGGCAUUUCGGAAAGUCAUGUCGCGGAGUCGGCGCUUGCGUGCUACGGAUAAGCGGGAUCAUAUCUUCGCAGUACUCGAUACCUUCGGGGCAUUUAAAUCGGACCUCCCCUUUCCAGAUUACACGAAGAGCACGGCCGCGGUUUUUGGCGACAUGACGGAACGAAUGUUUCGACUCCUCGGUUCACUCGACGUUCUUCUCGAAGCUACCAACACCGACAGUGACUCGAAUUAUCCGUCGUGGGUCCCGGACUUCUCUCGAAGACCACAGUUCCACAUCCCCGCAAACUGCGAGUUAUACCACGCCUGCGGCAAAUCCAGGCCCGAGUACAGCAUAUCCCACGAUUGCAGGGAGCUCAAACUGCUUGGGAAAUGCAUCGACGUGUUGGAAUAUCACCCCAAGACCGCCGACCUCUCAGCUUACAAGAACCCCUACAUCGCCACAAAAAGCAUCCCAGGUUACCAACAAUCAUGCCUGGUCGGCCUCUCCCUCUCAAGUUACUCGACCGGAGAAGAUAUAAAGGAAGUCGUCUGGCGCACACUCUGCUGGAACGUCGACGUGCGCAUCGACUACCCCGCGACACCCUCGCUCGCCCCAUCGUUCGACAAAUUCCACGAAGCUCUAUUCUCGGGAAAACACGUUGAGGAGAUUGACAAGGACUUGCUGGGCGACGGGCCGGCGGGAUUCAAUGAUAUUUGCGUGCAUUCCAUGCCCCUGGGCAUCACGGCUAAGAAGUAUUUGGCAUCUGCUCCGUGGACGGCGCGUGAGGGAGAUAUCAUCGUUCUCUUUGCCGGAGCGCAUGUACCGUUCGUGUUGCGCCGCAAUUUACCGCUGGAGGAGGCAUACUAUUCUCUAAUAGGUGCGUGUUACGUGCAUGGAAUCAUGGACGGAGAGGCUUUCCCGCAAGAUGAGGCUGAGUUACAUUGGUUUGGGAUUAAGUAA